AUGGACCAGUACCGCAAAGCCAUCAACGAUUCCAGCAAUGACAUCACAGGGAUGAACUUGAAGGUGGAGAUUGCUGGCCACGUGCUCUUCCGGUCCAUCACAGUGGUCGUGGCCCUUUGUGGGUUGGUGGGAAAUGGGGUCGUAAUCCAGCUUGUCCAUUCAUCCAUCAGGAAGAACUCCUUCCGGGUCUACACCCUCAGUCUUGCUGUGGCGGAUUUCAUGCACCUGGGUUUGCAAAUUGUGUUCUGUGUGCGACGGAUCCUGAGAAUUUUCCUCUGGUCCUGCUUUCAGCUUCCCAGUAUAUUGAUGAUCUUGAGGUUCUUCUCCUAUUUCACUGGACUGGGUAUCAUGACGGCCAUCAGCUUCCAGCGCUGUCUCUCUGUCCUCUUCCCUGUAUGGUACCGGUGCCACUGUCCUAAGCACCUGCCAGCCUGCGUGAGUGUCUGCCUCUGGCUCCUGAACUUUUUGAUGAAUAUCCUGAGAGGCUACGCCUGCGGUCAGUUGUCCAUCCAGACAACUAGCUUCUGCCCUGCACUUGUCACCAUCACCGACGUGUGGAUUCUCUUCCUCUUCUCUGUCAUGGGCACGUCCAGCCUGCUGUUACUCCUCCGGGUCCGGGAGAACACGCAGCUGCAUCUGCCCAGAAAGCUCUUCAUGGUCAUUCUGUUCACCACCCUGGCCUUCUUUCUGUGCGGCGUACCCCUCAGCAUCAUCAGGUUCCUGGUAUCGGAAGUGGGAAACCAGACCUUUGACGACAUCUGCAUUCUCCUGUCUUCCAUCAACAGCACUAUGAACCCUGCCAUUUACUUCUUCAUCAGAGGCAGUGGGAGGCGGCAGCCGGGGGAGCCCUUGGCGGGGGUCUCCAGAGGGCCCCAGGGUGUCAGCGAGGUGGCCAUCCUGCCUGGGAUGCCUGUGGGGUGA